AGGCUAAUAAAUCUUAGGCCUAAAAAGGUAGAUAUACAUACCUACGAGUUUUGGACUUUUUGACUUGUCUUUCGAAGUCAUUUGUUAACGUUCUCUCAACUUAAAAUAAGGUCUAUGAAUUAGGAGGCAGGCCUUCAGAUUUCCCACGCACUCGCUUCGCAGUGUUCAGUUUUCAGGCCGCGUCGUUGCGUCGUUCGUUUCCCGGCACGCACUCAGUCAGUUCACGUCGAGACCGCGCGCCGCACGGACGUGCGUCGUGUCAGUGAAAACAAAUAUUACGAAAGUUGUGCUGUGCCGAGUUUUGAGAAAUAUUUCUAAGUCUUCAUAAAUGGGGUGAUGGUGAUGUUUAGUUUGGAAUUUUGGAUUUUUAUCUCCGGAUAACACCACCUCGGGAAGCAUGGAGCGCGUCAUCAAGCUUCUCCUCAUCAUCGCCUCCCUCAUGACCGUAGAGCUCAGCCUCACGGAGAGCAAGGUCAACGACCUGAAGAAGAAGUCCAAGGUUCUCAACUACCACCAGCCGUUGUACGGGAAUAUAUGCGAGGUGGAAGACCGCCGGCCCAAGGUCCACUGCUACUGCGACAGCCGCGCCCCGAGGUCCGCCGCCUGGGCCGACUGCUGGGUGUUCUCUCCAGGACUGUCGGAAGACGACCCGCUCUGGUCCAGCUUCUCCUCACAACCACUCAUACAACAUCUGAUUUUUAACGUCAGGUCCGAUGAUGCGCUGACGUUUGUACCAGCCAAAGCUCUGGUUAGAUUGGACACGUUGAGGCAUCUCACGAUACAGUUCGCUACGCUGAAGACUAUACCGCCUUUUGCGUUCACUAAUUCGUCGUCGUUGAAACAAAUGAAUUUGAAAUCGAAUAGGAUUACGAAUUUGGAGAUGAAUUCGUUUUCGAGACUCAUGAUGCUGUCAAACCUCAGCCUCGAGGACAAUCAGAUAUCCGAGCUGAAGCGCGGAGUCUUCUUCGAACUCCCGAACUUGCAUCUGCUUCAUUUAACGAACAACAACUUGAGUUUAAUCCACGAAGGUUGUUUUAAACAUUUGAACAACUUGGUAGAAUUGAAAUUGGAUUCCAAUUAUAUCUCGGUGGUUACGAGGGAAAUGUUCGAGGGGUUGGAGAAUCUCGCGCGGUUAGACUUGAAGAACAAUAAGUUGACAAUGAUUGGAAAUUUAGCAUUCAGCGAGCUGUGGGGCCUGAAGGAAUUGGCCCUCGAUAAUAAUGCUAUUGAAUACAUAUCCGAGCGGUCGUUUGGAGGGUUGACGCAGUUAAAGAAAUUGACGCUCUCAGGGAACAAAUUGACAGCGUUUUAUGAAGAUAUAAUAGAGGAUAUAAGGAGUUUGCUGAUUCUGGAUCUCAGCGACAAUCUGCUAGAGACAAUGUCGUAUGAGACGAUCAGGAGUGUGGUGGAAAGUGACCAGUUGCCGUCGACUGCUAUCUAUCUAGAUGGCAACCCGUUCACUUGCGACUGUCGCUUGUCAUGGGUGUACGCGCUCCGUAACAAGACCUCUGGAGCCCUACGCCAGGCCCUUGACCGGAUCACCUGCGUCUCAGACCCCACUCUCGGGAACCAAAUCAACCAGCAGUCGGAAACUGACACACAAACAGAACACAAAAUAUUCGACUCAUACGAAUACUAUGAGGACAAAGACGAUAGAGAGGUCUUGUACGAUGAACCGAAAAAGGUUAUUACCGAGAGUAAUGCUGAGAAAUUAAUGAACAUCCCUUUAGAGGUAUUGCCGUGUCCGAAGGAGCUCCAAUCGCUGGAAGAGUCGAACCAUCCCGUUCAAAAUGAAAUAAGGCUGAAAGCCUUCUCAAAAGGCUCCGUCUGGAGAUUGGAUUGUACAGUGAGUGUUGUUAUGUUGGCUCUGCUACUCGUGUACAGUUAACUGUAAGAGGAACAAAAACAUUUGUGAUAUUAGUGGUAAACAUGGAUCAGUUUUGUGUAAAUUGUAGCCUGUAAUUAUAAGCUUUUAAUACUCAAUCAUGUUAAUGUGUAAAAUGAAAUGUUACAGUUCUAUGGAAAGCGUUGUUAUACAAUUUAUUUAAUUGCUCUAUUUCAGUAAAGGUCGAGUUACGCAAAGUUCAAACUUUAAGUCGAAGAUCUGUGUAUAAUGU